UCUAUGGGCUGAACCAAUGACUGUAAACAAAAAAUAAUAAUAAUAAAGGCCUGAAGGCGCACCCAGGUUAGUGCCAGGUGCAUGGUAACCUAGCAACCCAGGCUUCCUGCGCUUGGUUUAGCAGCCAGAACCACAAUUUAGCUGCUGUACUUUAGACCACAGUCUAACCUUAUUAGUUUGGAUUUACUCGCUGGCUGGAAGAAAAUGGAAAAUGUAUCUUAAAAGUCGUGGGAGGGAGGAGUAAACCAGCAGGAUGGAUGUCACAGAGGAAAAUAUGACACCAACGGCGAUGCUUGAGAAAAUAACGGAGCUGGAUUAUGCUCACAGCCAACAGAGGGACCUGAAUGCUAAAAUGAGGCAAUGGCUGGAUGUUGCAGAUGAUGAUAUGGCAAUGCUGCGCUCAGAGAACGCCAACCUCAGAAAACAAGUGAAAGCCCUGGAGAAGAACAUCAGUGAAGCACAGCAGGUUGAAGCAGAGCCUUGCAGUUCCCUCCUGGCUGAUGACCUCAAUGCAAAAAGAGGCAGUGAACAAAAGAUUCAGAAAUUGGAGAAGGAGUACACCAUGAUAAUGGAACAUAAUAAGAAGCUAAUUACUGAGCUCAAGAUCCUCCAGCAAGAGAGAGACCAGGACAAGAUUGGCCUGAGCAGAUUCAAGCUUUCACUUCAAACCCUGGAGUGUAGCAUGGGAGAGGCUCAGUUAGGGCUGCUCAAAAGGGAUGAGGUUAUUCAUCAGAAAAACUUGCAGUUAAAGCACUUGGAGGAGGCCGUAGAAGAGUGCUCCAACAUCAUAAAGGAUCUCAGGCUGACAAAUCAGAAGCUCAGUGAACAGUUGGAGAACAGACUGGAUGAGGCCUCAUUCGCUUUUGUGAAUGACCUGAUGGCAGAAAAGGAAGGAUCGCUCGGUCCCGCUAUGUCCUUCGCAGAGGAAAUGAAUCUGCUGGCCUCUUCAGCUGAAGUGAAAACCAACAUGUCAGACUCCACAGAUCUUAGACAUGAAGAAUUUGAGGUGGAGGAGCUGCCAAAGCCUCAAAGUGCCACAGUAGAUCUUCAGACCAAAAGGUGUGCAGGUGUCUUGGAGACAGCCUUCCAGAGAGCAAGACUCUUUCUGCUGUUUGUCAUCCUCACCGUUUCGGCCCUUGUGGCUUCAGGAAGCUGUACAGGAAACUUCUUUUCCAUCAACACCUUGUGGAGUGGCGCACGCCUGAUGUUACAGCCCUACUGCAGUGUGCAAUACGGGGCUUUACCUCCUAUUUGACUUAAACACUUCCACUUAUAAACAUGUUAACUCUUU